AUGUCAUUAUCGUAUCAAACCAGCUGGAAAUAUCUACAAACUACCUACAUCUAUCCAAAGGUGUUCACGGACCGAUGUAGGGAUCCAGGAAGUGAACGUGGAAUGCCGACGGUGCCUUGUUCCACCGUUUGUAUAUCAUUGCUGGAACCUGACAUAGAAGCUGGUGUUUUUAUUGGCUAUAAGCACAUUCGUGGUUGUAUGGAUCGAGUAUUGAGGCACGGCUUCAAUCAAACUGCAUUGCGGACGCACAGAUUUCAUCAC